AUACUACAAAGAAAGAAAGAAAGAUAGAAAUAGCAGCAGCUGAGCUGCGCAGUUGAGAGAGAAAGAGAGAUAUGUAAAAGUAAGUAAGUAGAUAGAGAUAGAUAGAUACAUAUGGAAGAAGAGCGAGCGAAGAAAAAGGGGCUUCAAGUUGUAAUUGACUGGGAAAAGAUUUUAUCCAACGGAGAUGCUGAUGAUGAUGAACCUCUUCCCACGCUAAUUGUUUCCGGAAAACAACAACAACAACAACAACACAGUCCCAUGGCAUGUGAUCGGAAUCACCAGCUACUUCAGGACGACGAAACUAGGCGUAUGGAGGACUCUAAGCUCGACGAGGCAAUCGAAAGGUGCAGGUCCACCAUCGAAACCCUAAAACUCCCCGACGGUGGAGCAAAGCUCAAGCUCAGACUCAAGCUUCUCCAGGACGAGAAGGACCGCCGGAAACUACAAAAGGAUAUCGUUGUUAGAGGCAAUAAUAAAAAACCUUUGGAAAUUCCAACUUCAAACCAUCACCAUCCAAGUAGUAAUUCUAAUUCUCUAGGUACAUCAUUAGAGUUAGAUGUUCCAAGACAACAACAACAUACUUCAUCCACCCUACCACCACCUCCCAGGUCUUCCUUUGCCGCACAUUUCACCCGCAAAUUGGACCAUGAGGAAUGCAGGACAAUAGAUGCUUAUCAAACAGGUGCACAUCUUCUGACUCGAUGCCAACUGGGAGGAGAUCAAACUAGUACUUCAUCAACUAGGAAAUCUCCAUUUCAGUGUCCUACAGCACUUUCUGCAAAUAUAGCUAGUAGAUGCAAUGGCAACCGCCGACCUCAAGAUUCUUCGGAAAAGUUAUCCACCUCUGUCUUUAAAAGGAAGAAGAAUUCUGAAGUUAAGCUCUUGAAAGAUAAGAAACCCAGGAAUGGACAAACAGUUGUCUUAGUGGAUGAAGAGGAACCUCAACUAGAGCAGUCGGCAAAAGAUGAUGAUAAAAUGGAUGUCAGCUUGAAAGAGAGAAAUAUUUAUUAUCCGACCAGAGAUGAUCCAGAAUCUGUAGAAAUUCGUUACUCAGAUAUGGCAUGCCUAGCACCGGCAGCUUUUUUAUCUUCGUCUAUUAUGAAUUUCUAUAUUCGAUACCUACAAACACUAAUUUCUCCAACAGCUGGGCCAAAGUAUGAUUUUCAUUUUUUCAACACCUACUUCUACAAGAAGCUCAAAGCGGCAGUAUUAAAUCAGGCUGACCAGGAAAAAGCAUUUGUCAAGUUAAGAAGAUGGUGGAAAGGUGUCAACAUAUUUAUGAAAUCUUACAUACUUAUUCCAAUACAUGAAGACCUACAUUGGAGCUUGGUCAUUAUAUGCAUCCUUGACAAGGAAGACGAAUCUGGACCAAUCAUACUUCAUUUGGAUUCUCUAGGGUUGCAUUUUAGCAGCUCCAUUUGCAGCAAUAUUAAAUUUUUCCUAAGAGAAGAAUGGAAAUGUCUGAAUCAAGGAGAAGCUCCUCUAGAUCUUCCUAUCCUAGACCGAAUAUGGAAAUAUCUUCCUCGAAGAAUUGAGGAAAAACCCAUUGCAGUACCACAACAAAGGAAUGACUAUGAUUGUGGUCUUUUUGUUCUUUACUUCAUGGAGCGAUUAAUUGAUGAUGCCCCGCAAAGAUUGAGAAAGAAAGAUUUGGCUAUGUUUGGUAAAAAAUGGUUCAGACCAGAAGAAGCUUCUGGAUUGAGGACGAAAAUAAAGAAACUACUUUUGGAACAAUUCCAGUUACAGGACGACAGCAGCAACAACAACAACAUCGUAGAUAGUUUGGAUAAUAAGGAGCCUUCUACUUCUACUUCCACUUCCACAUCACCAUUAUUAACUGUUAUAGAGGAUGAUGGCAAUGAUCAUACAGUAGGAAAUAGAUAGCUGAACCAGAUUUUUUAAUUUUUUUUGUUUCCUUUUUUCUUUUAGGUAUAGCUAGCUACUAGCUAAUCAAAUGCCUAAUUUUCUAUAAAACUUGUAGUAACUUGAAUGAUCGAUUAUUAAUAUUUUGAUAAAAGGCUGGGGGUGUGAAGAU